AUGGAGGUGGAGCGUCUUUCCGUCGGUCGCCCUUCCCCGUGUUUUCUUCUUUUCUUCCUUGGAUUCCUCUGCCUUCCGCUGUGGGUUGCCCCUGCUGCGUCCUGGCCCUUUCCGGCACGCGCGGCAAGUCCCCAGGCAGAUGCAUCCUCGUCACAGGCGUCUCCUCGCGACGGCACCCCUAUGCCUCUUGCUUCCUCGGCCUCUGUUUCACCUCCGCAUGCAGCCUCUCCUUCCGGCCCGCGGUCACGGCCAUUGCCCAGUUCUGCGUCUGAAAGCCUCUCUCGGCCUCCCGCCGUGGCGCCCACCCCUGCCACGGGUGUUGAGCAGUCGCCUUCAGAGUCUCCUCUGUCUCCGUCGUCCCCUCGAUUAGGCGAUUCGUCCCAAACGCCUGGCCCGUCUUCGGUGUCCCCCCCCGAGGAGGCUCCUCCGCCUUCGCUGCGUGGCGCCCCUGCUCGGCCGUUACUCGCCGGGACUCCAGCGGAACUCUUGAAGGCUAGGUUAACGAAUCGGGUGGUCGAACGCUUGUCUCAGAAGGCCAACCGCGUUUCGUUCAAGGUCUUAGACAAGGCACAAAUCGGACCCGCGGCUCCGUACGUGCUUCUCGGUCACAUCCUUGCCGGCUACAACGCGGUUUUUCCCCACCGGAAGUUUCUCUUCCCCUCGCUAAAUCCUCUGGAUAUGGCCGUCGAAUUCCUCCCUCAGUUCGUCCGGAAAGAGUUCUGGACCAACCGGGAGGAAGACCCGUUCCACGCAGCCGACGUCACGCACAAACUGGUUGAAUGGACGCACCCGCCGUUACUGUCCUCUCAGAAUUUCGUUGUGGCGUUCAAUUCGCAGGAAAUCGGAGAAUUCACGCAAACCGAGCACGGCCUCUAUUUGCAGAAACUCGCUGACCAGUUCGUCUCCAUGCUGGCGCCGGAGUCACUCGACAUAUCGGAGGCCGAAGUACGGCAGUUCAAACACCCCCUGGCGCGACAACUGUUCAUUGUGCAGCGCCUUCGGGAACAGAUCCGCCCUCGACUGUCCAAAGGUCUGGGGUCAAAGUUUUUCCAGAGCGCGGUUUCUGCUGACGCCAAGGGCAGUGAAGCGACACAUGACAAAACGCGCAGCCUCGCGGCGACACUCGCGAGUGCAUUCUGGAGAAAGGUCGAGUGGAGGGACGCGGGAAAUUCAGAAGGCGAGCGAGGCUGGGAUUCCGACGUGGACGGAAGUGGUGUGUCGCAGCCUCGGCUCGGAUCUCCAACGCAGGAUCCUGAUGUGAUCCUCGAACACGUAGCUGCCUUCAGUGUGCUCCAGCGUCUUCGGUACCCUGGCGCAAAGGGGCUGCUGCCCGGCGGCAGAUCCCUGGAAGGGUUGAUCGAGGGGGUUCCCGAAGACGAGUUGGAGAUGACGGCAGAGGCGGCCAAGAAGCGCAGAGCGGCCGAGCGCGAGAAGCGCUUCCGGUCCAUAUGCCGCGCGCAACUUUUCCUUCUCGCAGUUACACUGGUCAUCGCCGUCUGGUCACACGGCCCGUUCCGGAGCAAGGCGAGUGCGCACGCCCGGAAAAAGAGAAGAAGGCGAGUCCGAAGAAAAGGCCGUAGAAAAGGACCAAGAAGGCGGGGAGCGCGGCGCGGUAGGAAGAGGCGAAGAAGACAGGAGAACCGAGCCAGCGCCGUGGAAAAGGAAGCAGAGGCGACGGGCGACACGACUGAGAGAGAACCUCGCAGUUCAACUCGACUGAGGGAAGACACGCGAAGCCACACCGUCGGGUCCGGUGCGCGAAGCGUGCACAGGGACGAGUCAAGAGGUCCAGGUGAAACAGAAAUUGAAAAUGAAGCAACCGCAGCGGAACACUCGAAAGCGAAUGGGUGA